AGGCUGGUGCUGUGCCCUGACGGACAUUUUGCAGCCAAUGUGGAAACGCUAAACAGGGAGCAAACGUCUUGCCCCACCUGCGGAGAAAAACUCACCCAGACCAGAGGGAUCGAGGUGGGGCACACCUUUUAUCUGGGCACCAAGUACUCCUCUGUCUCCAACGCUGUCUUCUACUCCCCUGAGAACAAACCCCAGCUGGCAGAGAUGGGCUGCUACGGCCUGGGCGUUACUCGUAUCCUGGCGGCCUCCAUCGAGGUGCUCUCAACAGAGGACAGCAUCCGUUGGCCGAGCCUCAUCGCGCCCUACCAGCUCUGCUUCAUUCCCCCCAAGAGAGGCAGCAAGGAGGAGGAGGAGGGAGCCACGCUGCUGGAGCGGGUGUAUGAUGACCUUGCCGAAGCGCUGCCCCACCUCGCCGGCGACUCAGUGCUGGAUGACAGGACACAGCUGACCAUUGGCAAAAGGCUAAAGGACGCCAACAAGCUGGGUUAUCCCUACGUGGUCAUAGCUGGGAAGAGGGUUUGUGAGGACCCCCCGGUCUUCGAGGUCUGGAAUCAGAAUGCCAGCGAGGUUUUAUUCCUCACCAAGGAAGGUGUAAUUGAGUUGCUGAGUAAAGUGCAAGUCCCUUAA